CCCACACGCACACAUCUCUUUCUUUCUCUCCCCCCAUCUGCUUAGUAUUUUUUAUAUUUUGCUGUGCUCUGCUCCCCUUGUCCUUUUUUUUCGCAACAAUUUUCUUUGCUUUAUUCCUUAGCCAAAGUAUUUUUUGUUUUAUUUAUUAGCGCCAAUUUUGCCCUCUUUUUUUCUUAGCUCACGCACACACACACACACACACCCACCCACCCACCACGUCCAGAUUAUGAAGUUUGGCCAGCAGCUCCGCGAGGCCCUGGUCCCAGAAUGGAGGCCCAACUACGUCGACUACGCCGGACUGAAGAGGUUUCUGUACGAGCGGGCUGACAAGGGCUACACCGCCGACGACGAGGCAGAGUUCGUCAAGCUGCUUGACGUCGAACUCGAAAAAGUGAACAACUUCCAGCAGGCGAAAAGUAGCGAGAUGAAGCAUCGCAUAGAGCACUGCGAGCACGAGGUCUCGCUCAUAACCGAAAACGAGGCCUCCGAGGACUCAAGGCGUGAGCAGUUGGACCUCAUCGAGCAGGAGAUCGACUCUGUCAUCACCGGGGUGUACGAGCUGGCAAAGUUCACGCGCCUCAACUUUACGGCGUUCAUCAAGAUUGUCAAGAAGCACGACAAGAAUGCCCCCUUUGUGCUCAAGCCCAUGUUCACCGUGCGUCUCAAUAGCCGCCCGUUCUUCAGAGAGAACUUUGAUGGUCUCUUGAUCGAGCUCUCGCGCCUGUACAACAUUGUGCGCAACGGCGGCGUCGACGUAGACCAGGGCAAGGACCCGCAGGCCGGAAACGGUCAGAAUUUUGUCCGCCAGACAACAAAGUACUGGGUGCACCCAGACAACGUCGUCGAACUGAAACUCUAUAUUUUAAAGUACCUUCCUGUGCUGAUCUACCGCACCAAGGGCUCGACCAAGCCGCCAAACCCGGCGGUAACCAGCAUAUACUUUGACAACGAGAACCUUGAUCUUUACCAGGGCCGCAUCGAGAAGAGCGAGGGCGCCGAGGCCAUUCGCCUGCGCUGGUACGGCGACAUGGAGAGCACCGAGAUUUUUAUUGAGCGCAAGACGCAUCACGAGGAUUGGACCGGCGAGAGCAGCGUCAAGGAGCGCUUUUCGCUCAAAGAAAAGUACGUCAAUGAGUACUUGGCCGGCACAUACACACUCGACUCGAAGAUCCAGAAGCUGCGCGAAGAGGGAAAGAAGAGCGAGGAGGACCUCCACGACAUGGAGGUCCUGGGGCGCGAGGUCCAAAAAAGCGUGCGGGAAAAGCACCUUGUGCCAGCCAUCAGAUCGUUUUACAAUCGCACGGCGUUCCAACUGCCCGGCGACGCCCGGGUGCGCAUAUCGCUUGACACGGAGUUGACCAUGGUGCGCGAGGACUCUUUUGACGGCAAGCCGCGCGCCGCCGGAAACUGGCGCCGCACAGACAUUGGAAUCGACUACCCGUUCCCGCAGCUGCCCGAGAAGGACGUGUGCAGGUUCCCCUACGCGAUCCUCGAGGUCAAGCUACAGACGCUGUCGGGUGUCCAGCCCCCGCAGUGGGUGUUGGAUCUCAUCAACAGUCACCUUGUUGAGGCCGUGCCGAAAUUCAGCAAGUUCAUCCACGGCGCCUCGGUGCUUCUCGAGGACCGCGUCGACGUCUACCCCUUCUGGUUCUCACAGAUGGACCGCGACAUUCGCAAGCCCGUGACAAAGCCCAUUGGCGUGUCGCGCGGCCCCAGUCCACGAAACAGCAUGGUCGACAUCAACAACAGCAUGCGGCGCCGUAACGCCGGCAGCAGCGGCAGCAACUCGCAAAGCAGUCUGAAUGGCCACGGCAACAUCGAGGUCAUUGUCGAGGAGGAGCCUGGGGAGAACCUGAGCCAAAACGAUGGCAACACCUCCCAGCACACGCACACAUGUGAUGACGACGGCGACCAUGCCACGAUCAACGAAGGGACGUCGCUGCUCGGGCGGAAGAAGGGCCAGCAAAAGAGCACAACUGCGUCCUGGCUGCAGCUCCUCAAUCCAUUUGGCCGCUCGUCUACGGGCAGAAGCGCUAGCAGCAAUGGGCAGCAGGCAUUCCCUCGGGACGCGCCCUUUGUCGCGCGCCAGGACAUCGGCGAUGGCACCGGAGAGCGGCGCAUUGCGGUGCCCAUCCGCGUCGAGCCCAAGGUGUUCUUCGCUAACGAGCGCACAUUCCUGGCAUGGCUUAACUUUUCCAUUUUGCUGGGAUCUCUUGCCCUUGGCCUAUUGAACUUUGGCGACCGCACUGGACGGGUUGCUGGCGCAGCCUUCACCAUGAUCUCCAUGUUUGUCAUGGUUUACGCCCUGAUGCUGUUCCAGUGGAGAGCUGAGCGUAUCCGCAGACGCGAAUCAGGUCCGUACGAUGACCGCGUUGGCCCGACCAUUGUAGUUGUCGUGCUUAUUGCAGCUGUGGUUAUGAAUUUUUACAUGAAAAUUACCUCGACUGGUUAAAGACUUCCGGGCUGGCGUUUAUCUAUACCCUCACCAUUCGCAUUUAUUUAUUUCCUUCUUUCUUUCC